AUGCCGCCUACUCGAGCUCGAUCCCAACCCUUAAGGGGAACGACUGCUGCUACUGCAUCAGCAGUGAUUGCACCGGACACCCAACCCGCCUCCACUUCGGCCAUGUUUCAGAGCUCUCGACCAGCUCGAGGACGCAGGGUGGGGCAAGUGGAGGAGGUGACUGAGACGACUGCUGGUUUGAGGGCCACGAGUGGAAGAGGUAGAAAGAGAGCGAGGACGGUAGAGAGAGAUGCCGAAGUGGUGGAAGAGGAGGUCGGCGUCCCGAAGCGCAUGACCCGAGCCAUGAGCGCCUCUCUCGGCCUCAAAGCCACCGCCCGAGAACCCACAACCCUCCAACCCAAACCCAAGGCCUCGAAAUCCACUACCCCACCCAACGCUGUCCAAAUAGUCGAACAACAUCCUUCCGACCAACCGCCCGAAUUCGAAGGGGAGGCAAGCGAGUCCCUCAAUUCGGAUGACGACCUCGAAUCACCUGAAACUAUUAUCAGUCGACUGUCCCCCAUCAAGCAGGUGAUGAGGAACGUAUCGCCUCGGAGAAAGAGGGAGAACAAGGAGGAGGUGGAAGUGGAGGUCGAGGUGAGCAGGUUUAUGGGACCUGCUUCGAGGAAGAGGAAGAUUGAGGAGAUGCAGAAGAAGAAGAGGGAGAGGAAUAAGGGUAUGGGAAAGGAGAGGGAGGAGGAACCGAGUCCUACCCCUCCCCCUCCCCCUGUUGCUCCUGCUCCUGUGGAGAGCAAAGGCAAGAGGAACAGGUCCAAAGAGAAACUUCCCGAACCCGUCAUGGAAGAGCCGGAGGAACAGGCCGCGUCCGAGGCAGAAGAAGAGGUCUCACCCCAACCCCAAGAAGGGGAACGUCCGCAUCAAGAACAAGACAACGCCGACGAAGAGGAGGAGAUCGAUCAACUCCAAAGCUCCGACUCGGAUGGGGAGGGGCUCGUUAUGCAACUCGAGUCGCCUAGGAAGAGGAAGCCCAGGACCAAGACUUAUGGCAAGAAGAGAACGAGGGGCGUGGACAAGGCGCAGGAGAAGACGGUGGCGAAGAAAAGGAUUCCGAUGAAGGCCAAGACACCGACGCAGACCAAGUCCCCGGCGAAGACCCAGACACCGACCAAGGCGAAAAGCCCGUCGAAGGCAAAGAGUCCUGCCAAAGCCACGACGUCGACCCAGGCCAGCUCCUCGACCCAAACGAAAGUGCCUCGUGCCAGCGCGCGAAAACAACCCGCUCGAUCCAGCCAGGCCAGACCCGUCGUGAAAGAAGCCGUACCCUCCGACAACACCGACGAUGACGAUGACGAUGACGACAUCGAAUAUGACGAAUCCGAAUCCCUCGAGAUCGACCGACCCGACGACCCUAAACGACCUUACUCUUUCAUGCAUGUCGUCCCUCAAACUCGAAGACGUAAGGAACCUGAUUGGGAACCGGAUUGUAUUUGGUUGUAUCCCAAGAAAUGGGAACAAGGGAGGUUGGAGAGGAUGAAGCAAAAGAUUGAGGUGGGUCCUUGAUUCGCAUGCCUAGUUCGGUUUUGGCUUCGCUAAAAGGCGUUUGACUGGCACUGGGUCCGGGAACUUUAAUCCCACAGGAGAAUGGAGGCAAAGUCGUCGACGAUCUGGGGGAAGCAACGAUCGCGCUCUUCCCUCCUGUCGAACCCCUUAGGUAUAACAAAGCCGUACUUGAGGCUCUUGGGAAACGUACGUGCAAUAAUCUCAGCACUUUGCAGGCACGUCACCUGGGAGCUUACCGGACCCCUUCCCCUCUGUCCUCAGACGUGAUCCCCCUCCGUUCCUGCUGGGUGACCGACAGUCUCAAACUAUCCCGUCGCCACGACGUAGCCUACCGCUGUUCCCUCGCCGACAAACAAGGCUGGUUAAUACGUCCCCUCCCUCCACAAAAAGCGCGUACGAUCCUCCAAAAAAUCGAUUCGAAUUCUCCGCUGAGGAGGAGGACAGAAUUUACAAGAGAAGAGGUGGAGGCUUUUGCGAGGUUUAAGAGUCGGUUCGGCAAGCUGGAGAGGUAUAAGAAGGAGGCGAGUGACUCGGUCAUGAUCAGGAGCUUUAUGGACAAGGUUAGUAGUGGGUCCGGGGAGGGUGGGCUUCCUAAAGGAAGAAGUGGAAACCGAUUAAUCUUCUUCUGUUCUGGCGUGUCGCAGCAUCGGACACCUCACACUUUCGAAUCAUGGAAGAACUUUUACAAGGCUGUCAACAAUCGAGAACGAGUUGAUCGGCUGGCUGCGCAGUUUCAAGAGGAAGAGAGGGAAGGGAGGAGAGCGGGGAAGGGGAAGGGGAGGGGGAGAGGUGAAAGGAGGGGGACUUUGACGGGAUGGCUUGAAGCUGAGAAGGGGGAGACGGAGGAGGGCGAGCAAGAAGAGGAGGAGGAAGAGAAUGAGAUCGUAAGAGACGAUGAAGAGGAGGUGGUGGUGGAUCAGUCUGUGAAGGGGUAUCUCGUACAGCAAGAGAGGGGGGAGGAAUCGGAUCCUGAACCUUCGCCGAAGAAGAGAAGGAUGACGAACGAACCUACCACGCCUAAGGCAACCCCGUCGAAAGAUCGAUCGCCGACUAAGAACGCAAAGUUGCGAUCGUCUCCGAGGAAGGGUCUGCAGACGACCCCGCUAAGGAAUACGGCAAGGGACAAAGGACAAACGCAGGCGAGUCAAGGACGCAAGUUCCAAGCUGCUCCGCCUUCGAGCAAACGAUCACGAGAGCCCGUGCGUACUCGCAUCGUGGAUUACACCAGCUCGGAGGAAGAAAUGGAGGAGGAGCUCCCCGUUGCCAAUUCAUCCAAGAAGCCCACAUCGUCGAACCCCGAGCGACCACCUCCUCCCCUGAGCUCCCAGUUCGUCCCCGAAGCGUUCGCCUCCCGCGCGAAGAAAUUCCACGUGCCCCCCUCCACCGUCGAAGCCUUCUGGUUCUCCUGCACUUCCGACUGGUACCUCGUAGAUCGCUUAAUCGCCCGCUACGCCGGUCGUUCUCCCAGCCAUACCGAAUUCAACCCCGAUUCAAGCGGGUUCGAAAGUAAUCUCUGGAGGAGAAGCCAGGACGAGGCGUUGGAAAAAGGGCUGUCCUUAGUAACCGAUAAGACGAAGGAGGAGUGUAUGACGAGGAGACAAUUUUUGAAGGAUUUGGAGAGGUAUAGAGGUUUGUUCAAGUACUUUGAUGAGAUUUGA